UACUUUCUGGUCCACAACAUCGCCAAGAAGCACAACGUCGGCACGAUCGCGAGAUGCGCCACCGCGUUCGGCGUCAGGUCCGUCGUCCUCAUCGGCGCCAAAUCGUACAACACCUUCGGGUGCAAGGGAUCGUCGAACCACGUGGAUUUCGUCCACUACCCGACCCUAUCGGACGCCAGGGUCGGGCUCAUGGAGCGUAUGGGCGUGACCAAGAUAUUGGGCGUCGAGAUAUGCGACGGCGCGGUGCCCAUCGAGACGCACCCAUUCGCGCAAAACACCGCGUUCAUCGCCGGCAACGAGGGCGACGGAUUGACCAAACAGCAAAAAGCCAUCUGCGACGGGUUCGUGUACAUCAGACAGCACGGAGUCGGCACGGCGUCGCUCAACGUCGCCGUCGCGUCCGCGCUCGUCAUGCACCACUUCGCGCUGUGGGCGGGAUACCGCGAACGCGCGAGGGAAGGGGAGAAGUACGUCGUGGGAGAGCGGAAAAUGCGCACGAGUAAACGGGGCGUCAUCGGCGAUGACCCGGAUGAGGUGAGGCGGCGCAGGGCGGCGGCGAGAGAGGCGGCGGCGAGGGACGGGGACGGGGACGGGGACGGGGACGGGGACGGG